AUAGAAGGAAAGCUUAAGUGUGGGUCAAGUGCCCAUCAACUUAUUUUGACUUAAAGGAACGAAGUCUCGGCGCUUGCGCAGAGGUACGUAGUCACUCGAAGACGGGCUACCGCUCAUUGAACACAGUUCAACUCAUUCAGAGACUUUGUAUGUGGUAAAACUAAGGUGAAGCUUUAAAACAAAGCUUGAGCUUUUGUGUUCAGGUCAAGUUUAUGAACACAGCUUUUGUUGUUGAAGAGAGAAAGGUAUGAGUUCCCAAGAGUUUCAAGAACAUCACUUGAGCGGCAGCGUUUUACCACCUGAAUUUACAGAGGACUUGAUAAAAUGCUUCCCUGAGGAUGGUGGUUUAAGUUAUGAGGAAAUUCGCAUACAACAGGAAAGCCUCUACUUGGCAUUCCAAAAGAAAGGGAACACCCGAAAUGGUGAGACUAGUCAAAGCAAUUCUUUACCAGGAUCGGUCCGUUCUUCAUCUGGUUUAGAUGUUGCAUCACAAUUGGCUCUUGAUGAGGCUUUAGCUAGAUCAUUACAAAUGGAUGAUGGCUUUGAUGAUAUCUACAACUUAGCAGCCGAAUCCCCUCCACCAAGAGAGCCUCCUCCUCAUCAUCAUCCUCCACCAAGAGAGCCUCCUCCUCCUCCUCCUCAUCAUCGUCCUCCACCAAGAGAGCCUCCUCCUCAUCGUCCUCCUCCCCCUGCUCCUGCUAGGGUGAUUGGGACCUUGGAGACAGCCGGACAUAAUGUCAUUGCUGGCAACAUGAGCCACGACGUUGAAAUUUCGAAUGCCACCAAUGGCAUUAACCCAGACAACAUGAGCUACGAGGAAUUGCAGUCGUUGGGAGAUGCAAUUGGGCAUGAGAGCAGAGGGCUGUCGGACGAUAUGAUUUCUCGCUUGCCAACAUUCAGAUACAACUGCGGCUUCUUCUUCUGGAAAAAGAAAAGUGACGAUGGGUGUGUAAUAUGCUGCUCGGAGUACGCGAAUAGGGAGAAGGUGACAAGUUUACUCUGCGCCCACACGUUCCAUUUUAAGUGCAUAGUGCCCUGGCUGAGAGAAAAUAAGACUUGCCCUGUUUGUAAGGAAGAGGUGCGCGACACCUGAGUACAUUUGGCACUUGUCGAAACUGGGAUUUGUAAUGUUGUGCUCAGUUUAGCUUCUUCUUUUGCUUUGGUUGAAUAGAUGCCUUUUCUUUGUACAUAUACGCAAAUAUUGUGUAACCAACAAAAACACACUUGUUAUGCCUAUCAUUUUAAUCCUUUUUGUAAGGAAAACAUCUCCAAGGAUGUUCCAUUUGUUUUAAAGAAAUAGUUCUAAUUAUU